UUCUUCGUUCCCUUCACAUGAUGGACCAGACAUUGAUCUACCUGACUGUUUACCUGUCAAUACUUCUACACGUCACAACAGAGGCCUAUCCCGGAAUAGCUGAGGAGGAUGAUAACUACAAUAAUCUAAGACAAUUCUAUGACGAUUUAAUCCUGGAUGCUCCUUCUUCUGAGAAAAGAGUAGCACCAAAAUAUCCACAGGAUUAUUGGGGAAGAUCUGAGACCAGCCGAGUAAACGACAACACACUCUUCAAUCUAUUCCGUCGUCGUAGUACAUGGGGAAAUGGCGGUACUGGCAGAUCCGGUAGGUGGACCGGAAGUCAGAGAAUCACACCAUACGUCACAUACAGUGAUGGCGUCAACUACAAAAGCAACAGAAACAACUACGGUUUGGCGUCCCCAAGUUCCUGGUAUGGUCGUGGUUGGUACAGGGUCCUGUCACGUGCUAAUCAGCCAAGCUACCGCGGGGAUCGUCGGAACACAAAUUCAUAUAUGGAUCUUUACUAA